AUGCCAACGGACAUUCCGGGCACGAAUCGGACUUGUUGGACAUCUUCGGAUCAACUGCACCUCUCGAACUGCUCCAGCCAUCGUCCCCCGCCCGCCUCUUCCUCGUCCUCUCUGCCGCCAACUAACUCUGACACUCCUCCUUCACCACCACUUCCAUCCUCCUCCUUCUCCUCCACUGCCCCAGCGGCGGCCGUUCAGACUGCCGUCUCACACAUCACAUACCCCGAGACAAUAACCGCCACCACCCCCACCUCUCCCGAUUCCAGUGAUGAGGAUCAGGAUUACACCUGCCCUCACUGUGACCGCACCUUCACCUCACACAUCGGCCUGGUCGGUCACUUGCGAAUCCAUCGUACAGAGGCUGGUGAACCAGUGCCUGGAGCACCAACCUACACCCACCGCAUUCGCCUCCACUGCCCACACUGCACUCGCACCUUCCGGCAUCGCAUGGGCCUAUUCGGCCACAUGCGCAUCCACGAGAGCGGAAUUGACCACAAUUCCGAUACAGCCACGGCAUCCAACACAUCCACCACGCCCAGACCAAUCCUCGCUCCACCGUCACACGCGCCGAUAACCACCACCGCCACCACCUCUAACACCACUGCUUCCUCAGCAGCUGACACCGACACCGCCGACCUCUCAUGCCCACACUGCCCUCGCACCUUCACGCAUCGCAUGGGUCUAUUCGGCCACAUGCGCAUCCACGACGACCUGCGGUAG